GGGUGGUGGCCGUUACGUUCGGGGCAACGGCUAAGGCAGUGGAGAAGUGAGAAGAGAAACAACGUCCGGCGCUUCCGCCUUCGCCGAGGAGGAGGAGGCGGAGGAACUGGUAGGGAGAGGAAAGCCAUUUGCCCUGGGCCUGCACUAGACCUCGUCGGGCCGCCCGAGGUCUGGCUAUGUGCCUUUGAGGGUCGCCGGGGACGCCGAGCGAGAGCCGAGCGCGAUGUCUCAGCCGCCGCCGCCGCCGCCGCUGCCGCCGCCGCCUCCUCCCCCCGAGGCUCCGCAGACUUCGUCGUCGCUGGCGGCGGCGGCUACUCCGGGGGGCCUCUCGAAACGGAGGGACCGGAGGAUCCUUUCCGGGAGCUGCCCGGAUCCCAAGUGCCAGGCGCGCCUGUUCUUCCCGGCCUCCGGUUCUGUCAGCAUCGAGUGCACCGAGUGCGGACAGCGGCACGAGCAGCAACAGCUGCUGGGAGUGGAGGAGGUGACGGACCCGGACGUGGUCCUGCACAAUCUGCUGCGGAACGCGCUGCUCGGGGUGACGGGAGCACCCAAGAAGAACACGGAACUCGUAAAGGUGAUGGGCCUCUCCAACUACCACUGCAAAUUAUUGUCGCCCAUAUUGGCACGCUAUGGAAUGGACAAACAAACGGGCCGGGCCAAGCUUCUCCGGGACAUGAACCAGGGCGAACUGUUCGAUUGCGCGUUACUGGGUGAUCGUGCCUUCCUCAUCGAACCGGAGCACGUCAACACGGUGGGCUACGGCAAGGACCGCUCCGGAAGCCUCCUGUACCUGCACGACACUCUCGAGGAUAUCAAACGGGCCAAUAAAAGCCAGGAAUGCCUCAUUCCAGUGCAUGUGGACGGGGAUGGACACUGCCUGGUGCAUGCUGUGUCUCGGGCCCUAGUGGGCCGAGAGCUCUUCUGGCAUGCCCUGAGGGAGAAUCUCAAGCAGCACUUUCAGCAGCACCUGGCGCGAUAUCAAGCCCUGUUUCAUGACUUUAUUGAUGCUGCCGAGUGGGAGGACAUUAUCAAUGAGUGCGACCCUCUGUUUGUGCCACCCGAAGGUGUCCCCUUAGGCCUGAGGAACAUCCACAUAUUUGGCCUUGCUAAUGUGUUACACCGCCCCAUAAUUCUCUUAGAUUCCCUCAGUGGCAUGAGAAGCUCUGGUGACUAUUCAGCCACCUUUCUACCUGGGCUCAUUCCUGCAGAGAAAUGCACUGGGAGAGAUGGCCAUCUGAACAAGCCAAUCUGCAUUGCGUGGAGUAGCUCGGGUAGAAACCAUUAUAUUCCCCUGGUAGGCAUAAAAGGGGCUGCUUUGCCCAAACUGCCCAUGAAUUUGCUUCCUAAAGCAUGGGGUGUGCCUCAGGAUCUUAUUAAGAAGUACAUCAAACUUGAGGAGGAUGGUGGCUGUGUUAUUGGAGGAGACAGAAGUUUGCAAGAUAAGUACUUACUUAGGCUGGUUGCUGCUAUGGAAGAAGUCUUUAUGGACAAACAUGGUAUCCAUCCUAGUUUGGUUGCUGAUGUGCAUCAGUAUUUCUACAGAAGGACUGGAGUGAUAGGAGUUCAGCCCGAGGAAGUUACAGCAGCUGCUAAAAAGGCAGUAAUGGAUAAUCGCCUUCACAAGUGUUUGCUCUGUGGUGCCCUUUCGGAACUUCACGUCCCUCCUGAGUGGCUGGCUCCAGGAGGGAAACUGUAUAACCUGGCAAAAAGUACUCAUGGGCAGCUGAGGCCUGACAAAAAUUACAGCUUUCCCUUAAACAAUUUGGUUUGUUCAUAUGAUCCAUUGAAAGAUGUUCUGCUACCAGACUAUGGAUUGAGUAAUCUAACAGCCUGUAAUUGGUGCCAUGGCACAUCUGUGCGAAGAGUCAGGGGAGAUGGCUCUAUUGUGUAUUUGGAUGGAGACAGAACUAAUUCCAGGUCUACUGGUGGCAAAUGUGGUUGUGGAUUCAAACACUUUUGGGAAGGGAAAGAAUAUGACAACCUCCCGGAAGCUUUUCCUAUCACUCUGGAAUGGGGAGGAAGAGUGGUCAGAGAAACAGUAUAUUGGUUCCAGUAUGAAAGUGAUCCAUCUUUGAAUAGUAAUGUUUAUGAUGUUGCAAUGAAACUUGUAACCAAGCACUUUCCGGGUGAAUUUGGGAGUGAGAUCCUAGUUCAGAAAGUUGUCCACACUAUAUUGCAUCAGACUGCAAAAAAGAAUCCUGAUGAUUACACUCCUGUAAAUAUAGAUGGUGCUCAUGCUCAGAGAAUUGGAGAUGUGCAAGGACAAGAAUUAGAGUCUCAGCUACCAACUAAAAUUAUUCUUACUGGACAGAAAACUAAAACUCUGCACAAGGAAGAAUUAAACAUGAGUAAAACUGAAAGAACUAUUCAGCAGAGCAUCACAGAGCAAGCUUCUGCAAUGCAGAAACGGAAAACAGAGAAACUGAAACAAGAGCAAAAGGGGCAGCCCAGAGCUGUUUCCCCAAGUACUAUUCGUGAUGGGCCAUCGUCGGCACCUGCCACCCCCACCAAGGCUCCCUACUCACCUACAACUUCUAAAGAGAAGAAGAUUCGAAUAACAACUAAUGAUGGACGACAGUCCAUGGUUACCCUUAAGUCUUCAACAACCUUUUUUGAACUUCAGGAAAGUAUAGCCAGAGAGUUCAACAUUCCUCCGUAUUUACAGUGUAUUCGAUAUGGCUUUCCUCCUAAAGAGUUAAUGCCACCCCAGGCAGGGAUGGAAAAGGAGCCAGUUCCUCUACAGCACGGUGACAGAAUUACAAUAGAGAUCUUAAAAGGCAAAGCAGAAGGUGGUCAGUCCUCAGCCGCAGCACACUCCGCCCACACUGUGAAACAAGACGAGAUUGCUGUCCCUGGCAAACUGUCAUCCAAGGAACUUCAGGAGCAAGCUGACAAAGAAAUGUACUCCUUGUGUCUUUUAGCAACAUUAAUGGGAGAAGAUGUAUGGUCUUAUGCAAAGGGACUUCCUCACAUGUUCCAGCAGGGUGGUGUAUUCUACAAUAUUAUGAAGAAAACUAUGGGCAUGGCUGAUGGCAAACAUUGUACUUUUCCACAUCUACCUGGCAAAACUUUUGUUUAUAAUGCUUCUGAAGAUAGACUGGAGUUGUGUGUCGAUGCUGCAGGACAUUUCCCUAUUGGUCCUGAUGUUGAAGAUUUAGUUAAAGAGGCUGUAAGUCAGGUUCGAGCGGAGGCUACUACAAGAAGUAGGGAAUCAAGCCCCUCCCAUGGGUUAUUAAAACUAGGUAGUGGUGGAGUAGUGAAAAAGAAAUCUGAGCAACUUCACAAUGUAACUGCCUUUCAGGGAAAGGGGCAUUCUCUAGGAACUGCAUCCAGUAACCCACACAUUGAUCCCAGAGCUAGGGAAACUCUGGCUGUAAGAAAGCAUAAUACAGGGACAGAUUUUAGUAAUAGUUCCAUUAAAACAGAGCCUCCUGUGUUCACAGCUGCUCCUAGUAACAGUGAGCUUAUUCGAAUAGCUCCUGGAGUAGUAACAAUGAGAGACGGCAGGCAGCUUGAUCCUGAUGUGGUUGAGGCCCAGCGAAAAAAAUUGCAGGAAAUGGUUUCUUCUAUUCAGGCUUCAAUGGACAAGCACUUGCGGGAUCAGAGUACAGAGCAGACACCAUCUGAUCUUUCUCAAAGGAAAGUAGAAGUUGUGAGUUCUUCUGGGAGGCCCGGGAGUCUUCAGACUGGCUUGCCUGAGUCUUUUCCUUUAACUGGUGGCACGGAGAAUCCGAAUACCGAAACAACUGAUAGUUGUGUGGCAGAUACACUGGGAGCAGCAUUUGCCACAAGGUCAAAAGCACAAAAAGAAAAUUCCAUGGAGGAACCUGAAGAGAUGGAUAGUCAAGAUGCUGAGACGACUAACACAACUGAGCCAAUGGAUCACUCUUGAUUUAAUUAGAGGCUAAUAAAGGCAGAAUGUUUAUUGUGAAUAUGUAAUAUUUGUUGGCUGGGCCACAUAACUUGAGUAGUUAUUAAAAAUCUUGUACGUAUAUAAUUCAAAGAUUAUAUCUUGUUAUUCAGUGCAUGAUAGCAAGUGUGUGAUUGGCAAUAGCUUUUAAUAUACUGCUGCCCAGGCUGGCUCUGAAUUCUUGUAAAUUAGUUUAGAUAUGUUGAAAGAGUUUCUUCCGUAUAUGUGGUUCAUUGGAAGUUCUUUGUCAUUUUAAUUCCAUGAAAGUCUUAAUUUACAGACAUGAAAAAUCUCUUGCUAAAUGUUUGGUUUCUGCAAAGACCAGAAUUGAAAAGAAAAUGAGAGUUUGUACAUGUUGCCAUCAAGGUAGCCAUCCUACAUGUCAUAAGAAUGUCAAUUUCAAGUUUACCUGAACUAAAUAUCUUAAAAUACAUAAAACACUUUAUUAGACUAAAAAGUUAUAACAUUAUAGAGACACCUAUUGUUGGCAAAAAUAUCCUGACAGAGUGUAAUGAUACAGCAUUUUCCUGGUUUGAGCUAAGUUGGGAAGAAUGAUCUAUCCUAGUAUGAUAAAGUCAUUGUGAUUCAGUUAGUUGGUCUGAGCCAAUAUGGCCACUUGUGUGCUCUUGUUGAUAGUAUGUUGCCAUUAUUUUUUUAAUCUUGGCCUUGUCAAGCUUGACCUAUUUUUUAAAUCUUGCAUAAAAGAGAAUUACAAUUUGUUUUAGAAAAUUUAAAAAUAAUGGUAGCAGUAGUUAAUUUUUUAACUUUUGAAGUAUGUCAGAGUCACAGAAAAUUUAUCUUUAUGAAUGGGUUACAUUGUUCUACAGUUUUGACACAGUGGUGUUUAAGCCUGUAUAUGCUAAAUAUCUCUGAGCCCCUUUGAACCAAAAAUGUUUCCUUUUUUUCUUAGAUUUUCUGUAAGAUUUUUUUUUGUUGGCUUCACUUGAGUUUGGGUGCAACAUACCAUGAGCAACUGAGCAUUUGCUUAAACAUUGCAUUCAUUAACUCUUCAGUGCCAGCUUCCUCAAAGCAACUUCCAUGCCUAUUCUUUAAAAGCAGAGUUUAUACUCCUGAAAUUGGUACUGCACUAUUGUAUUCUGUUCUGCAGAUCUGUAUUUGUAAAUGUAUUUCAGCCCAUCAUCUUCCUUUGUUUACUGAAAUUAAGUUGAAUUUGAAUGAAUGAAAGACAAAUGUAUGUUAAUAUAAUCUCUUAGAGCAUUCAAAGCCUGGCUGUCUCUGUUUGCACAUGUAACAGAUGCAGAACUGUUUGCAAUUCUACAAAACUAUAUGUCAGAAAAUACAUUGUCAGGUGUUUAAAAA